AUGAAUAAAAAUUCUUCCAACACAAUGGCUUUGGCUGCUAACACUUCUAACAAAAGAGAGACAGUGUGCAUAUUUGGAACUGGAGAUUUUGGACGAGCUCUGGGGCAUAAGAUGAUUCAGUCUGGCUACCCAGUGGUGUAUGGAAGCCGAAGCACCCAGAUAUCCAACCUGAUUCCCAAGGAUGCAGAGGUGUUGGGCCACGCAGAGGCAGCGCAGAAAGCUGCCGUCAUCAUUAUAGCAAUCCAGAGGCAGCAUUACAACUUUCUUACACCACUAGCAGAGGUUCUCCGUGGAAAAGUCUUGGUGGACAUAAGCAACAACUUGAAACUAAACCAGUAUCCUGAAUCGAACGCGGAGUACCUGGCUCAGCUGCUGCCCGGCAGUAAGGUUGUGAAAGCCUUUAACACCGUGUCAGCCUGGGCCUUGCAGUCGGGCACGCUGGAUGCAAGCCGGCAGGUGUUUGUCUGUGGAGAUGAUGUGGAAGCUAAACAAAUGGUCAUGAAUAUUGUUCGUGCACUGGGUCUCACUCCACUAGAUAAGGGAUCCCUCUUGGCUGCUCAGGAAAUAGAAAAUUACCCUCUGCAACUCUUUCCAAUGUGGAAGUUUCCCAUCUUUUUGUCCCUUGGCCUAACUGCAUUCUUCUUCUUCUACUGUGUGGCUCUUGAUAUAAUUUACACUUAUAUUUAUGAAAAUAAUAACUUUUCAUUUUUUAUUGCAAUUACCAUUCCAAAUCGGGUCUGCCCUGUAAUGGCACUCAUCCUUCUUGCCUUGGUGUAUCUGCCUGGUAUAUUUGCUGCAAUUAUUCAGUUAUACAGAGGUACCAAGUACCGCCGUUUUCCAGACUGGCUGGACAAAUGGAUGCUGUGCAGGAAACAGCUUGGUCUAAUAGCCUUGGCAUUUGCUUCCCUGCAUGCUGUGUUCACUCUUGUUACUCCAUUGCGCGCCUUCGCAAGUUGGAGAACUGGCAAAGGAAUCAUCUCACAGGUACUAAACAAUAAAACAGAACCACUCGACCACACUAAUGCCUGGCUUAGUGACUCUUAUUUGGCUUUGGGAAUUUUAGGAUUUUUUUUAUUUGUCCUUCUGGGAAUAACUUCCUUGCCUUCAGUCAGCAACAAUGUCAACUGGCGAGAAUUUCGAUUUGUUCAGUCCAAACUGGGAUAUCUGGCACUGAUUCUGUGCACUGCACACACACUGGUUUAUGGCGGAAAAUGGUUCCUGAGCCCAUCAGCGUACAAGUGGUAUCUUCCAGACAUCUAUAUCCUCUCUCUCAUUGUUCCAUGUGCUGUACUGGUUGUAAAAUUUGUGCUGAUAUUUCCUUGUGUAGACAAACCACUCACACAAAUUCGGCAGGGCUGGGAGAGAAAUCCCAAAUACUCAGAACAGUCAAAUUACAUUAUCAACAAGUCUGCUGUAUAA